CAGACUCGGUUCGACCGGGCGCACUGGCCACAUCCGGGUCUUUUUUGAUCGCACUGUGCUAGUCAGUUCCGUACACGAAUAACCACGGGUAAAGGGGUAGGGUUGUUGGCAUGUACCGCGAUUUUCCGCGUCCGGCACGUAUUGCACCCCUUGGAUUUCCCUGCCACGCCGACCAUACUAGCAUACUAGCCGAUUCGGCUCCACUGCGGAAUAUGAAGAGCCUGAUCUUCUCACUCCUGAGAGUCUGCUUGCCAAUGUUCAGCGUGGAUAGACAGCAAGGUGGUAAAUGUGGUGUGUGUGGUGUGUGUGGUCCGGGCUAAGAUCCAUCCUUAUGCCUAAACAGGUCACAUUCUGCGCUUUGCGCGUUCGCAACGGGGCUGAGUGAAGUUGUUGGCUUGACCCUGAGGAUGAUUG